UGGGAGUUUAGCGUAGGGCAAAUCACAGACAGGUUUCGGCAAUCUGAGUGGUCCCAAGAUGACAACAUAAACUCAGUGCUCCCACCCGGACACUGACAAGUAGGGGGCAUCAUGCCGAGCUCCCUCCUGUGGGCUGUUGAUGUGUACGGGAGGGUUUACAGUCUUUCGACAGCGGGACAGCAGUGGGAACAUUGUCGCGAGGCCCAUUUGGAGUUCAAGCGCAUCACAGCUGUGCAGCAGUGUUGCUGGAGCAUCGCCUGUGAUCACAACAUCUACCUGAACGUCCAUGCCAGUGAUGUGCCCAUCCGCUACCAAGAGGACACAUAUGAAAACCAGAGGUGGAACCCAGUCGAUGGCUUCUCAGACCGGUUGUUGCCCAGUGACCGAUGGCAGUGGAGUGAUGUCACCGGGCUGAAGCACCAGCCUCUGGGCGACUUUCAGCUGCCCUCUGAGAACUGGGAGUGGGAAGGGGACUGGUAUGUGGAUGAAAACUUUGGAGGAGAACCCACAGAGAAAGGGGGAUGGACAUAUGCCAUUGAUUUUCCAGCUAACUACACAAAAGAUAAAAAGUGGAACUCUUGUGUGCGUCGCCGCAGAUGGUUACGAUACAGAAGGUACAAGGCACAGGACACUUGGGUCAAGAUCCCCUCAGAUCAGACUGGGAGUCUUCCUGACCCGUUUAAUGACAUCACUUGUGGUGGUUGGGAGAUCACUGAGGAGCCCAGAGGAUGUUUGGCACUGUGGGCUGUUUCUUUGCAGGGCAAGGUGUGGUUCCGCAGUGGCAUCAACCACCAUAAUCCUGAGGGCUCUGUUUGGAAGGACGUGUCCGUACCAGGAGAGGUCGUGCAGAUCAGCUGUGGGCCGGGUGACCUGGUGUGGGCCGUCCUGUGGGAAGGUCAUCUGCUAGUCAGAGAGGGGAUUGGCAGAGACUGUCUCAACGGGUCAUCGUGGGUAACAGUGGAGUCACCAAACACUGCAGUGGGUGUUGUGCAUGUAGCUGUUGGUGUGAACGUAGUGUGGGCUGUCACUAAAGAUCAUAAAGUCUGGUUUAGGAGGGGUGUAAAUUCCCAUAAUCCUUGUGGCUCAAGUUGGAUUGGUAUGGUUGGAGAAAUGGUCAUGAUCAACGUGGGUCUCAAUGACCAGGUGUGGGGUAUUGGUUUUGAAGACCGGGCCGUGUAUUUCCGUCAGGGUGUGACUGCCAGCGAGCUCAGUGGGAAGGCCUGGAAGGUUGUGUCUUUGCCCAGAGAUAAUGACCGUUCCCAUUCUAGUGCCAGCGCCAGCAGCCUGCAGAGUGCCGGUUGUUUCUUUGGCGGCGAGGUACGUCUGCAGUCCCAAGCAUCAAUGUUGAGUGAUGCAGAUGCUGAGACUGACACUGCUACAGGAGGAGCUGUCCCAACACCUGAGAUGGGAGACGCCCCUAAACCACGUAUACCCAAAGUGACCAGCGACAGCUUCAUCUCAGAGCUUGUGUCUGAUCGUGAGGGUCAAAUUAGUCGGCGUGACGUCCCUCCAGCUGGCCCAUCUAUUCCUGAAGAAGAGCAGCCAGAAAAAGAGGUGGACGACAGGGUUUCUCCAGCUCAGAUUCUGUCUCCUAGUCAAUCAGGUGGAGUGGAUCCUCAGUGGAGCAAUGUGGACCUUGAGGAAGCCCAGACUCAUCUCGCAUCAGGAGCUGGAGGAGACGCUGCUGAAACCUGCAGCCUGUCUUCUGUAGCCACCUAUAAUUUGACCAUAGAGGAGCCUUAUGGGGCAGAUGAGCAUCCAAAGUGGGCCUGGAUCAGCGGUGGAGGAUGUUUAGUUGAAUGUCACUCACAGCUCAGCUGGUUCAACUCAACUACGUCUACAGCCCUGAACUCCUCCAUGCAGGCCAUGUCUCUCUCCAUCACACCUGCUCAAACGGCAGCGUGGCAUAAACAGAUAUUUGAGCAGCUGAGCGAGCGCUCCAAGAGAGAAAUGGAGAAUUUCAUGCAUUAUGAGCAGGCCAUUGAACAGUCUGUGUGGGUGAAGAAGGGCACCAUGCAGUGGUGGAGAGACUGGAAGCCUCAUAAGUGGGUGGAUGUUCAGUUUGCACUGGAGCAGUUUUCAGGAGCAGAGGGGAACAAGGAUGGAAUUCUGUUUAUCUACUACAACUUCAAUGAUGAGAAGAAGUAUCUUCAUGUGUUCAUCAAUGAAGUGACAAUCCUGGUGCCGGUACUGAAUGAGUCCAAACACACGUUUGCCAUCUAUACAGCCGAGCGAACUAAACAGAGGUGGCCCAUCCGCUUGGCAGCGGCAACUGAGCUGGAGAUGUACGACUGGCUGGCCCUUCUCAGCGUGUCCUGCUGUGACUCCAGAGGUAUUCAGGGACCUCCUUGCAAACAAGCCAUAUGGUCUGUCACCUGUAAAGGGGACGUCUUUGUGAGCGAACCAACAAAAGAACUAGAGGCAUCUCCCUACCCUACAGCCUGUGAUCAGAUGUUCUGGCGUCAGGUUGGAGGGCAUUUGCACAUUGUGGAGUCCAACAGUCUUGGUGUGGUGUGGGGGAUCGGCUACGACCACACCGCUUGGGUCCACACUGGAGGAUAUGGAGGAGGCUUCUUUCAAGGUUUGGCAAGCAGCACAGAUAACAUCUAUACACAGACUGAUGUCAAGAGUGUUUACAUAUAUGAGAACCAGCGCUGGAAUCCUGUCACUGGUUACACUGACAGGGGUCUUCCUACUGAUCGUUACAUGUGGAGCGAUGCCUCUGGUCUGAAGGAGUGCACUAAAAACAACACUAAACCUCCCUCUCCACACUGGACUUGGGUUUCAGAAUGGUCUAUUGACUAUUCUGUAGCAGGAGGGACAGACAAAGAAGGCUGGCAGUAUGCAGCUGACUUUCCUGCGUCAUACCAUGGAUAUAAAACACUGAAGGAUUUUGUUCGUCGCAGACGUUGGGCCAGAAAGUGUAAACUGACUACAACCGGCCCCUGGCAGGAAGUCCCACCUAUACAGUUGAGUGACAUAACAAUCCUGCCUUGUGGGCCAAAGAGCACUGUAGAACAGGUGUCAUUAUGGGCCAUCAGCAACAAAGGAGAUGUUUUGUGCCGCCUGGGUGUCACAUCACUGACUCCUGGGGGGUCGUCAUGGUUACAUGUGGGAACUGACCAGCCUUUCAAGUCGAUCUCCAUAGGUGGCGUUCAUCAGGUCUGGGCCAUUGCUAAAGACGGCUCUGCGUUCUAUAGGGGCUCAGUGUCAGUCCAAACCCCAGCCGGAGACUGCUGGUAUCACAUACCCUCUCCAACUGGACAGAAGCUCAAACAGGUGUCAGUGGGAAGGACGUCUGUAUAUUCAGUGGAUGAAAAUGGUAAUCUGUGGUACAGACAUGGUGUGAUGCCCAGUUACCCCCAGGGCUCAUCAUGGGAACACAUCUCUAAUAAUGUGCGCAAGGUGUCUGUGGGACCUCUGGACCAGGUGUGGAUCAUUGCAGAUAAGGUACAGGGCAGUCACAGUUUGAGCUGUGGCACUGUGUGUCACCGGCUAGGGGUGCUGCCGAUGGAGACAAAAGGACACUCAUGGGACUAUGGCAUAGGGGGUGGAUGGGAUCACAUCACAGUCAGAGGAAAUGCCAUGGAGGCUCCUCGCAUCAUGAUGCCAUCAGUGACCAACAGUGGCAGCAACCAAACAGCAGCACGCAGUCCACUGCUAACCAGGAAUCAGCCAGAGCCCAAUGGAAACCCAGUGGGUUGUUGAGUUCAUCAUGCUAACCCACUCUCUACUGUAGCCAUCAAUUGUUUUCUGUAGCGCUUCUCUCAUAAAAGGCAGAUCUCUAGCUCCCAUUCGGAAAAGGGUUGGAUUCAAGCUCCUGUAGGGGACGGUUUAGGUGAACUGAGCUUGUUUUGAGGGCUCUCAUAGAUAACUUCCUCUACUUUUUAAACACUCACAUCAUGUUUUUUUACAUUGGUUAGAGGAUCUUAAUUUAACUUUUAUUUAUUCGUCUGUGGUCAAAUAACACCCAUUUGCAGUUUGAUUCUUUAUUUGAAUCCAGGGGCAUUAAAUACAAAAAACAAACAUCACAGUGUAAGCUACUGAAGUCACUCUACAAGCAUUUUAUAUUGAACACCACACACAUAACAGUUUUAAACAAACACCUGCUUCUGGGAUUUCACAGCUCGGCUGCAGUGGCAUCAGCGUAAAAGAGUUUGUAAUACUUUCAGCAUCUGCUUGUAUCUGGUUAUUGGUAGUUACUCUAUUUGAAGGCUGGGACAGCACAGUGAUACUGUACAAACGCACUACACGUCCAACUUUUUGGGUCAGUAAGAUUUUAAUAUUUUUCCCAGUGAUGGGUUGCAGCUGGAAGGGCAUCUGCUGCGUAAAACAUAUGCUAGAUGAGUUGGCGGUUCAUUCCGCUGUGGCGACCCCAGAAUGUUAAAGUGACAAGCCGAAAAGAAACUGAAUGAUUGAAGAUUUUAAUAUUACUUUUAUUCAGUAAGGGUGCAUCAAAUUGGCCGAAAAGUGACAGUAAGUAGUUUUAAAAUACUAAAUUAUAUUUAUUUUAAAUAAAUUAUUAAGGCUUUCAAUUAAUCAACAUUCUGGGGGCGUAAAAAGCAUCAAAUCAGCAUAUUAAAAUGAUUUCUGAUGGAUCAUGUGACACUGAAAAUUAUUAACAGCUGCUAAGAAAUAAAUAUCAAAAAAGAAAGUGUCAAAAAGGAAGUAUUUCACAAUAUUAUAGAAUUUUACUGUAUUUUGGCUUUGUUGGUGAGCAUAAAAAUCUUCUUUAAACACUUCUUACAAUACUCAAAUUAAGAAUGUAAAAAAGGAAAUAUUAAUAAUCUUACCAACCCCAAAGUUUUGAAUGGUAGUGUAACUUACUGAGCUGUUGUGGAGGAAAGACUGCAAUAUUUAGGUUGCAUUUGACAAUGUGAAGACAAUGUUGCGAAACAACAUUUCUCAGGAUGUCAGCAUAUUUCAUCGGUACAUAGAUAUACAAGUGAUAUAAUUCCAUUUAAAGGCAGCACAAAUUUCAGAAAGUAACAGUAUUUCUACUAAAUCUUUUUAUCAGGGUGAAUUCUUUUAUUCUGCUAAGUUAUGUUGUACAUGUGGAUGUAUAAACUUGGAUUAUUUAAGAGUAAUUAUGGUCCUAAUGUGAUGGGCAUUAUUUAAGGUCGCUUCUGUACAUAUAAAGAAAUGAUAUGCAGGCAUGAGAGAAACCACUGGAAAGACAAAAGGAAAAUAGUUUUAAAUGUAGACAAAUAACUACAGUGGAGUCAUUGUGUGUUUACAGUAAACUCCUCUCAGUGUCAUGUGUGCAUGGUUUGUGUCCUCAAUAAAUAUGAAAUCUGCUCCA